UGGCGUAUAGACUACCUGUUAAGGUCGUUUGCUAACCCUAACUUGCAUCAACUCAACCGAACCUUUGAUAUAAUUUCUUUCGCACAACUUAUUUAAAACAUUUCAAAACAAUUUUUCUUAACGUACAAUAAUUAAUUUUUUUACGUGAACUAUAUACACAAUAAAUAUUCAACAUAUUUAACAGCAAUUGAAUUUGAUAUACAAAUACUUGAUUAGUAAAAAACAUCAAUAUGUUAAAAACUAUAAGUGAUUCCCGUAAACAACAAUUAGAGGAACUGAAGAAUUUUACCGAUGCAGUUAACAAAGAAGUUGCCGAUACUGUUAGAACUUUAGGCUGGACUGUGGAGAGUGUGACAAACGUGGACAAAGAAUAUUUUACAUGUCCAUAUAAUUCGUCUCAUCGAAUAACAGAACAAUUUUUCAAUGAUCAUCUUAUUUUAUGUCAAUGGAAAGCUGAGAAUUAUGACAAAUCGAGUCUUCCAUUAUCAGAGCCAACUUUAUCUGUUGAGUCACCAUUUACUAUAAAAUUUGAUGAACAACUGCAAAGUCACAUUUUAAAGGAGGCUAAGGAGCAAAAUCCAAUAAUGCAAACUGGUACGGGUGAGCGGUUAAUACCGCGUACAUCUGAUAGACUUAUCACAGAUUUUACCAGUGACGAAAGAAGAGCGUUGUAUGAUUAUGUCAUUUCUAACACUAAAAAACCAGAAAUUGGACGGGAUAUUGAAGACAUCAACAAUUUAAAAUUACAUCAAAAAGAUGACAAAAAAGUAUCUUAUCUAGAGUUGAUGCUACAAGAACGCAACUUAAAGAGACGUAGAGCAAAGCAUAGAGGUGUUCACACAAAUAAGAAAUCUCAAGUUGAAAUUCUUAGAGAAGUAAUUAAUCAACAAAUGGAAGUAUAUGUGGAUUAUAUUUCCGAACAAAAUAGUUCUCAACAUGCAACAAAUAUUCAGACUACCAAAAGAGAAGAUUUUAAUUUAGAUACAAUGUCAGACAAAACCAAAUAUUUGCGUAAAGCAUUAUUUUUUACUUCGCCGCAAAACUACGACGAUUUUGACUUUAGAGAAGAAGAUACUCACCGUUAUAGUAAAAUUGACGAUUUAAAACAAAAUCGCUCAGAGGAAAAAAAUUAUCAUCGAUCGAGAGACCGAGUUAGACGAGAAAGACAUUCAGAUGAAACGUAUAAAAAUCAUAGAAAUAGGGAACAUAAAACGUCGUCUCAUUCAAAAGAUCAAAAAGCUCAUAAGAAAGACAAGCAUCGAAGCAAAGAUAUAUAUAAAGAUAAACAUCAUGAAAAAAAACAUAAAUCUCGAAAUUGUGAUAGAUCAUCAGAGAGACAUCAUUCAAAGCACAGAGAUCAUAAACGAAAAAAUAAAGAAUAUUGAUUAUUUACAAAAACCAAUUGUAAAAAUUGAAAAACUUGAAAUAGAACUUUAUCUAUGGUAUUAAGUUGCAAUGUUCUGAAGAAAAUAAAUUUAUAUAAAAUUCUCAAUUUAAACAAAAUAUUUUUUAAUUAAAACUAACAACGCGAAAUUUAAACGGUUAUAGAAGCCUUACGCAUGAUGU